AUGCGAGAGCAGUUCGAGGACAUCCACGACGAGAUGGUGAAGCCCGACAUGUGCGGGGACGCCGUGCGGGCCUUGGCCACCUCGGCCAGCGGCCUCCUCGGGCGCGCGCUGGUGCUCGCGGACGACGGCAAGAUCCAGGCGGCCGACAGGGAUGAGCUGCUGCGGGCGGCGGACGGGGUGCGGGCGGACGAGGUCCACCUGACCAAGAAGAUGUGGCAGUCCAUCGUCACCAUCAACGAGCAGGAGGUGAAGAGGGCCGGCCAGUCGAACCAGACGAGGGACUCGGUGGUCGAGGCCGUGGCCCAGCAGUUGACCGACGAGCAGAUCUUCAUAUUCAGCAUCUGCGACUUCGGCAGCAGCGUGCAGGCCUACUCGCGGUGGCUCGCCGAGCAGCACGACGCACCGCUCCCGCCCCGCCACUCCUUCGACUUGAUUGCAGGCCUGAAGAGCGUCUUCAAGAAGGACGACACCAUCAUGGCAGAUGCCAACCUCAACUGUGCGCUCCGUGGAACUCUCUCGAUCUUCAUCGGCUUCGCCAUCGGGUACUGGGGCUACUCUGAGAUGAUUCCAGCAAAGGACGCCACCAUCCCCGGCACGAUCGCUGUGCUCCUUUCGCGGUCGCUCACGUCUCCAAUCAACAAGAGCCUGGGCCGGCUCCAGGGUGUAGUGCUCGGGAAGUUCUCUGGCCAGUUGGUGUUCGCACUGCUGGGCUGGUGCUAUGCCUGGGCGCAGAUAUCCCUCUCCGCCAUCGUCUUAUCGUACGUCUGGCUCACCCUGUUCAUCUACCACUACACAUCUUCCUUCAGCUACCUCGGAUGCCUGGCCGCUGCCUUCGGUACGCAAGCCUUCUUGGCUGGGUGCAGCGGCGACGUGGUGCAUCCAGACGCGGUCAUAAUCGUCAACAUGCUGAUCGCCAUCUGGAUCAUGACGGUCAUCGACCUCGCCUUCAGAAUGGGCCGCCCCUCGGAGCUGGCCUUCGGGGCCUACCUCGAGGCGUGGGCUGCUUGGGAGCACGUGUUGGAGACCGAAGGCUGCUAA